CACCCGCGGGGCCAUGCGGAGAGCCGCGGGGAUGGAGGACUACUCCGCAGAGGAGGAGGAGUCCUGGUACGACCAUCAGGACCUGGAGCAGGACUUGCACCUAGCAGCGGAGCUCGGGAAGACCCUGCUGGAGAGGAACAAAGAGCUGGAGGAGUCCCUGCAGCAGAUGUACUCCACCAACGAGGAGCAGGUGCAGGAGAUCGAGUACUUGACCAAGCAGCUGGACACGCUGAGGCUCGUGAACGAGCAACACGCCAAAGUGUACGAGCAGCUGGACCUGACGGCCCGAGACCUGGAGCUGACCAACCAGAGGCUGGUGUUGGAGAGUAAGGCUGCCCAGCAGAAGAUCCAUGGGUUGACAGAGACCAUCGAGCGUCUGCAGUCCCAGGUGGAGGAGCUACAGGCUCAGGUGGAGCAACUUCGAGGCCUGGAGCAACUUCGGGUUCGCCGGGAAAAGCGGGAACGCAGGAGAACCAUCCAUACCUUUCCCUGUCUAAAGGAGCUGUGUACCAGCCCCCGAUGUGAGGAUGCCUUCCGCCUACACAGUUCCUCCCUGGAGCUGGGUCCUCGGCCGCUAGAGCAGGAAAACGAACGACUGCAGACCUUGGUUGGGGUGCUCCGUUCCCAGGUGAGCCAGGAACGCCAGCGCAAGGAGCGAGCAGAACGUGAGUACACCGUGGUGCUCCAGGAGUACACGGAGCUGGAGCGACAGCUGUGUGAGAUGGAGGGCUGCCGCCUGCGCGUGCAGGAGCUGGAGGCCGAGUUACUGGAGCUGCAGCAGAUGAAGCAGGCCAAGACCUACCUGCUGGCCCGGGAUGAGCACCUGGCCGAGGCUUUGCUGGCGCCCCUCACUCAGGCCCCUGAGGCUGAUGACCCACAGCCAGGCAGCGGAGAUGACUCCAACGUCCAGGAUGGUGUCUCCUCGCCCGCAGCUUCCCCCAGCCACGCGGUGCGCAAGAGCUGCAGUGACACAGCACUCAAUGCCAUCGUGGCCAAAGACCCAGCCAGCCGCCAUGCUGGCAACCUUACUUUGCAUGCCAACAGUGUGCGCAGGCGCGGUAUGUCUAUCCUGAGGGAGGUGGAUGAGCAGUACCACGCGCUGCUGGAGAAAUACGAGGAGCUGCUGAGCAAAUGCCGGCAGCAUGGUGCCGGGGUGCGCCAUGCUGGGGUGCAGACCUCACGGCCCAUCUCCCGGGACAGCUCAUGGAGGGACCUUCUGGGGGGCGAGGAGAACCAGGGAGAGGGCAAGGCGGGUGAGAAGAGCCUAAGCCAGCACGUGGAGGCUGUUGAUAAGCGGCUGGAGCAGAGCCAGCCCGAGUACAAGGCACUCUUCAAAGAGAUCUUUGCCAGGAUCCAGAAGACCAAGGCCGACAUCAACGCCACCAAAGUCAAGACACACAGCAGCAAGUGACCUCUCUCUAGGUCUGUACCCUCCCUCUGUCUCCCCACCAGAGGGGCCUCUCAUGCCUGUCUGGCACCCUCUUGGCAAGCGAGAAAGCCCUUUACGCAGCAAGAUAUCAUAGCUGGUGGGUGGAACACGGGCGAGGAGACCUUUCUGAUCUGGGGACACAGCCUAUUUCCUGCUGGUGGCUCGGCUCUCCUGUUCUGCCUCCCUUGGCCACUUUGCUUCAGCUUGAAGGCACAGCUCAGUUUAAAAGCCAAACACACUCCCCGCUACUGACCCCGGGGGCUUUUCAGCUCCCUCUGCCCUCAGCUUCUGGACACACACACCCAGGCCUCACCCUCAGAUUGCCCCCCGGUCUUCUGCAAGCCUUUCUGGCUUUGCCCUCCAAAGUUGUUUUUCUGAGAGAUUUGCAAUGCAAGGCCUCCUGAAGCCUUGCCACAACUGGAAACACUUGAAAGGGAACCUCAGAGCCAGCCGUUGCUGGUGUCUGGGGUCUCCUAGACCAUCCACUGCUUCUUGCCAGUCAUGGCUGACAUUCCCUCAGCACCAGCUGUACCACUCCUAGCGUUCUGAGCAGGGCGCAGAUAGCUCCCACUUUGCAGAGCAGGAAGCUUUAGCCAGGCUCCAAUGUGCCCCCUCCAGCCCUGGCAAAGGUCUUCAGCUCACCACAGAUCUGUAGCCCAUCUGAAUAGAGGAAGAGGGAGCCCCUCAACAGCCAUACACAGGUAGUGUCCCUUUCCUUUCAGAGCCAAGUUCCAUUCCUGGAAUUACCUUCUGGGCAUGAAGCCUUCCAGGAGCUGGGACGAUAGGGAGUUCCCCCGAGCCUGUGAACCACCUUUGCUUCCCUUCCUUUCUCUGCGCCUGCCCCCAUCUCAGGGACCAUGAUGUCUCAUCCACUCCUCUCUUCCUCAGGCUACCCCCGGGACAGUUCACAUCAGUAGCCUUCAGAAUGUCCUGUGUCACCAACCCAGGUCCAAGUGUUCAUUCCUGUCCUUCACCAGGGACUGUAGGAUCCUUACUGGUUUUGUUCUGUUUUUUUUGUUUUGGUUUGUUUUUUGAGACAGGGUUUCUCUGUGUAGCCCUGGCUGUCCUGGAACUCGCUCUGUGGACCAGGCUGACCUCCAAUUCAGAGAUCCUCCUGCCUCUGCCUCCCAAGUGCUGGGAUUAAAGGCGUGUGCCACCACUGCCGGGCCCUCAUGUUGUGUUCUUAAGUUGAGGAAGACAUUUCUCCUUUUCCACCUUUCUACAGAAUGCCUGCUCUUUAGUUCCCACCUCUAUGGGGGGGGGUAGCUUUUUAGGCCCCACCUGAGUCAGGGGUUCAAUAUUUUAGUCUGAAACUUCAGAAACUCAAGCAUCAUCUAAGAUAUGCCCAGGGCCCCUGCUUGCCCUCAGCAGUCCAUCAGGGCUUCUGGUUCCUUCCGCCACCCUUCCCAAGAUUCUAGAAAUCCAAGGAGCCAUACAAUCCGGCGGGAGGCUGUGACUCUGGCCUCGGUGCUGGGAGCCCAGUGGGAACCAUCAUGCCUUAUCUCCUCAGGGGUAAAGGGGCUUUCUUACUGAGCAUGGCUGACAUCCCUGGAGAGGCUCUGCUGUUCCCGGUGGCACUGUGAUGCCAGCUGGCAGCUGGAUCCUUCUGUUCACCCGACUUGGAACCUUUGGUCCUUUGGGGCUGGGCACCUCCAGACCCUCUGUGUGUCCCUGUCAUCUGGGGAUGGGGAGGAAUUCAGGCCUGUUCACUUCCCCAGUUCUGUAGCAGCUGGUCAGCGUCACCCUUGAAGUAUACGUGAGAGAAAUAUAUUUACAAAUGCUUUAUUCUCUUCUUUAAUAAAAAAUGCACCAGUAUUCUGAAAGCACAAAGUG